GUGUCUCCAAUAAGCACAAUGACUGCAAAGCCUUCUGUUUAAGAGCAUUCUCUUUUCUCUGAGGGUCACUCUCUGUAGCUGAACUAUUCUUUAGGGGCAACUAUGUUCCUGGGAGGCCUUUUAAGGUUUUGCAGGGUGUUAUGGAUCAGCCUGCUUUUUUGCCUUGGAAAUUGUUUUCCUACUGAUCAUGGCAAUAAAGCAACUUCCUUGAGUUCUGAAUCUUCAGCAAUUCCAGACUCUAAGUUUGCAUCCUCAUCUGUUGGAACCGAGUCGAACUCCAGUAUUGAAGCUCCUGUUGAGAUCACUGACUCCAGCACUACUAGUGCCCCAGAUACUUUACCACCAAGAGCCUUUUAUGUUGGCCCUCCAUCGCGUGCAGAGGAGUCACCUGCCUUCUCAAUGCAACCACUGACUGUUUCAAGUCCUGGAGGCUUGUAUCCAUUGUCCAAUCCCUGGUUUGGACCAUUCCAUGAAGCUGUAUAUCCCAGCCCUGAAACUCAUCCAUAUACUUAUGGUGCUAGCUUUAGGGGAUUUCCUUAUAAUUAUGGUGGUAUCCAUGCAGCAUCUCUUCCUUAUGGCUACAGUUAUGGUACUGCUGGGUCCCCUCAUUACAGUUAUGCUUAUGGCAUGAGUGGUUCACCUCUCCAAGCAUAUGACCGCCGGCUGUCUGUAUCUGCUCCCUAUGGGAUGGGCCCUCCACCUGCUUAUGGCUACUUGCCGUGGCAGCCUUCAAUAUUGGAUCCUGAACGGUUUCUCAUUGGAAAUAAUUUAAUGAAAUUUCGUGAAAUGCCCCUUGCACAGGCCUGGAUGACUAGUGAGGUGCCGGUGGGCAUGAUGAAGCCUUCUGUAUACCUGCCAUCUCUCCUCAUGCAGCCAAACGGAGGCCAUCACAGAGCAAGAGACCUCCUUUCUGACAAUCAGUACUCCAGCAAUGACUAUUCUUCAGAGCCUGAAACUGACACAAUGCAGCAACAAGAUGUUCCAGAAACUGACUUUUAGAAGGCAGAUUGUCUUUUUGGGUGGACUUUUCAUCUGGCCAUCUGGAACUCUUUAGAUGUGGACAAAGAGCUGAAUAAAACUGCUGGGAAAACUUAAAACUGGCUCGACUCCUAUCUUUAUCAUUUAACAUAUUGUAGCAUCUGUAAGACAAAAAGGGACUUCAUGAUGAAACUGACUCAGCUGGUUUGUGUUGACUCUUUAAUCUAUGAUAGAACAGACUGCUUCAGACACUUCACUGGCUCUCAGGAAAGACCAGAGUACAGGAUUUGUCAAACUGACCCUUGAAGGGCUACUGCUGAACCAAUAGGUAGUGGGUGUUUGAAUUUUUUAUUUUUUUGAAGACCCGAUGGGUUCAUUUUCUGAACUGAGAUUGGUGCACUUGAAUGCUGCUUCAUGUUUGGUUCUGACUGGGCUGUAGUGAUCUGGAAUGUUUGCUAAGCCAUUCAAUGGGUUAAAAUAAAGAUUUCUAUUGAAAUUUUAGAGAUUUCUUUAACUGUUUUUAGGUCUGAGUCAAUUACACUUUUUUUCUUUGCCUUAGUCAGCACUUGACUGGACUAAUCUGAUUUUUGUAUGGUUGUGAAAGAGGAAGGAGCCCACAAUGAAAACUACUUAAAAUGCUGUAUGAUUGGGGAAAUGUGAAAGACAAAAUGAGAAUUUAUACAAGGCUUAUGCCUUGUAUAAAUUCUUGACUCUCCAAGCUGAAUGCUCCAUUAAAAAAAAAAAAAAAAAUUCUAGUAAAAUUGAAGCUUUACAUGUAAAUGUAUAACUGAGAAUACAACUAAAGAUGUUUUUGAAUGCCUGCUGAAAAUCACUUUUCCUUUUCAGUGAGGAGCAAAAACUACAAUAUUGUUUUGCAGGCUAUAAAAAGCCAUCGUGGGCCAGCCCCUAUUACACAAAUGAGCUUAUGUUCUUACAAGUAGGUGAGUUUUAUUUGGUUUAACGUGCCAUAUGUUAAUGCGGAGGAGUUCACUGAAAGCCCUACUAAUCCUUUCAGCUGCUUGCCCUCCAGAAGGUUCAGAGGGACGCAUUUCACUGCAGGCUACAGACAAAUUUUAAUAUGACCACAAGUCUGUGGAUUUAUUUUCUGUAUUUGUAACGGGUAGAAGCAAUUUUUGAAAUGGAUUUAUCUGCUUUUUGUUUUGACAAACGCCUUGUUGAAAGGGAUUGUGUUAUUCUGUACAGCCUCAGCCAUCUGAAAAUGACUGAUACAGCUGGUGGAUAAGAGUCUUGGUUGGAUUUUCAUUUCUCUUGCAAUUGCUCUGUGAGAAAACAUAGUCAUCUUGUAUUUUCAAGACAAAAAAUGGGCUGCUCACCCUCCAAAGGUACCAAUUUGGGCAGUUUGGGUGCCAUGAGGAGGGAAAGAAUGUUACCUGCAGUGCCUCAAGAAAACAAGAUAGAUGAAGACGGACAGAAGAACAAGGCAAAAGGAGAAGCAAAGGGGAACAAGGAAUCUCCACAUGUCCAGGUACUUCAGAAAGAGGCACAAAUGACACCACAAAAAAAGAGAUAUGCCACUGAAGAAGUGAACACAGAGGUAAAGAACAUUGAUAGAGGUGAGAGUACAGCAACAGAAAAAGUCACACUGCCGCUAAGAAAGGAUAAAAACAUUGACAAGGAGGAGUUGGCUGAUAAAAAGUCUAACAAGAAACCAAAGAAAUCAGCCAAAGGUACUAAAGGUCCCAGAAGGAAAGACCAGGAAAAGAUAUCUACAGAUCAAAAAGUAGACUUUCCAGAACCUUUGGUAAAGGCUCAUCAAGCUGCAUAUGCCUUUUUGAAUCCCAGUAUAAACAAAUAUGAUUCUGUACUUGAGCUCAUGGAAGAAGCCACCCAAACUCAGAUUGCUGUGCAGACAAUGAUAGCCUUCAUGGCUUUGCGCUAUGAGGAAAUAAUUCAGGGACUGGAAGAAAUGACAGAGGAGGGGGAACAGGUUUUGAAAGCAAAUGGAGAACAUCUUGCUUGGCCAAGCCAAAAGAAAAAUCUCUCAUCUUCUUCGCAGCGGACGUCUGGUCCGAUUAGCUCAGAAUCACCACCAGAUUUGUUGCAGCAGCUUCUUCAGUACACCACUCAGAGGAUGAGGAAUGUGAGCGGGACUGUUUGUGGGAUUGGAGACUCUGCUUUAGAGGAAGCAGUGGAUUACUUUGCCUCAGUGUCAGAGCUUUUAGAAGAGAAACUGAAAAUCAAACGCACUUUGGAGGCCAGGAUGAUGCGACUCCUAACCCAAAUAGAAAUGGCCUCCCUGCGCAAGCCUGGAGGAGAGGAUUCAGCUCUGUUUAGUGAGGACAGUGGUAUCGGGGCUGAGAAUGAAUCCAUUAAUGGAUGUGAAAAGCAUCAUAGACGUGAGAGUUGUGGGUCCAGUGGGACAAACAGAACUCCACUCAGUCCUACGGAGUACACUGCUACAAACAUCACUGGAGCAUCGAUAGAAAAAUAUGGGACUCAAAUGAGUCCAAGUUUUUCUCUCACUUCACUCAAUUCACUUGAUUCUACGUGUACCAUGGUGCCUAAUGACCAAAGAGAUUCACUGUUAGGCUCAGCCUCCUUAGAUGAUGGUGAAGAUGACAACAAUGAUGAAGAGGAAGGAGAUAGAGGUGUUAAGGAAGGAAAAGUAUCAUUCCCGAGACGAUCUAAUUCUUCACCCAUGAGUUCAGCAACGCCUCCACUCCGCAUACCGAGAAAACGCAUAGAAAAUCCUCAAAAUGUAGAAAUGACUCUCAAAAUGAAAAAUGCUGUAAGUGAUAGAAUACGGUUUGUACAAAAGCAGAACACUGGUGCCAAAGCAAAAGUAGCAGGCACUCCAAAGACCACCAGACAAGAUUGGACAGAUGAGGAGGUGCAAUCUCCAAGGAGGCCUCAAACAGCAACAGCUGUUCGGAGAACAGAAAUAAAAAAGAACCCAGUUGCCAGGGGUCAACGUUCCAGGUCAGCAGAAUCAUUGCGGAGUAAAGGUGAAGAUCCAACUCUGUUUGAAUUAGAAAGGACUCAGAAUGCUUUAAACCAGAGAUUACAAAGGAUGAGUAAAACCAAAGUGGGAGGAAACUCAAAGUCAGUUACAUUUAAACAAACUCAAGGAAAUUCACCAGCUCAGUCUCCAGCAAUAAAUCGAAAACAGCCUCCACAAGGUAAAAACAAUAAUAGCCAAUCACCUAAAGACAAAACACGUCUCUUAAAGUACAGCAACAAAAAAGAAAUCAUCUCUGAUGUUGACAAAGAUAAACAGGAAGAAAAAACAGAAUCCAAGUGUCAUAUAAAAGCCACUCCUCCACCUAGCCCUCCUUUAUCACCACAACUGUCAUCUGGCUUUCACAGGGGCAGGAAUUCAGUCAAAAAGCUGAUUGACACCUUCAGCCAGGGUAUAGAGGUAAGAGAAACUCCUACAGUUCUUGGGCCUUUAAAAGGAGUACAGAAGUGUGGUGUUCCCAUCCUACCUGGUUUAGGAAAUGUGGAAGCAGUUCUUAGUAUGGGAGUGACCAGCUGUAGACCUGAGUCCACAACAUCUGAAAAAAAUGAUUAUUUUGAUCUCGACAAUCUUCCUCCACCUCCUCUGGAAGUACUAAUGGACACUUCUUUUGAAAGUGCUCCAAUUGGAUCGACUGCAGCAGGAGAUGGGACUACAAAAGUGGGAAAGUCACCUGUGCUAAAAAGGCCUGCUGUAUCCCAACGACUUAGAGCUUCAGUUCAGACUGUCACAGUGUUACCAAGCAAAGGAGGCAUACCACAGUCAACGAAGAUUGUUUUUCAAGGUACACCUGCUUUUUCAAAAGUCAGUCAGCACGUUGGAAUGGAGACAGAAUCUUCAAACCAUCAAAUUAGAAAGACCUUACACACACGACGAUCUUCCGACUCGAACUCGGAGAGCUCCUCGAUUAGUAGGGAAGCAACCUCAGAACCCCAAGGAGAAUCACCUAAUGUACAGCAUAAUGGCAAAAUUUCAGUGCCUCAAUCUAAUACCAGUGCAACUAUCGUGCCUCCUUCUUCAACUGCCAGUAGCCAACCAGUUGGCACGCCGCCUGUCUCUAAAGGCCGGAUGUUACCUUCCACUCCCUCUACCCCAAGUAGUUUGCAUAGAAGACUGCCCAGCCCUCUUGGUUCAAAAAAGGAAGUUACAAUACCUUCAACAAAUAGCUCCCCUGUUAACAAGACACCUCCUACACCACCAGCACUUCAACGGAGACUUCCCAGCCCACCUGUUGCAAACCAGAACUCUAGCACUUCCUACCCUUUCAAAGCACCAUCUCCACCAGCCUCACCAAAGGUACAGAAAUGGUCAAGGAAGAACAGCACUGAAGAAUCAAGUGCACAGAUGUUCAGUAAUGCUCGUUCGGUCUUCUGCCCAGUCUCUCCAUCCAUGUUUGAGGCCCAGCCUUGUUCAGUUGUCCAACCACCUCAAGCAUGGACUUCGAACAGAGUUUCAGUUCUUUCCAGUUGUUGGGGGAGUCACGGAAGGUUCCCUGUGUCUGUUCAAGGACCACGACCAUUUGUUCGACGUAGCCAGUCAGACAGAAGGCCAAGUCUAAGCAUGACUUCCCGAUUCCAAGGGACCUCAGUGGCUGAAACUUGUGGAAGUGAGCCAGCAAUAUGUACAAAGGGGCUAGAUGACAAUCCAGCCAGGCACCGUGAAUUAUGGGGUAGCCAGUCAGACCUCAGGACAACGCCACGCUCUACAUCACACCCGGAUCUGUGUGUUGUCGGACAGGCCUUACACAGGAGCUAAACAGGGCCAACACCAAGGCUGUGGGAUUAUAGAUUAGCAAGCAUUACCGUGGAUUUAAAAUUGUCUUGUUUAUUUCACUUGGAAGAGAAGAGGAGCUAAUUCCAUCCACUAUGGCAUGUAACACACCUCCAGAUACUCUGUACUUGGCUUAUUUCUCAUUAAGGUGUGUUACUGUUAACUGUUAUUGUGCUGUUUUUGGUUUUUAUGUUUACAAAAUUUAUGACUCGUUUGUUAGUUAUAGAAGAUUAUGAUAAAGCAUCUGCUGGACAAGUCUGAUCAGGAUUAUGAUCAGUUUUUUAUAGAUAACAUUUCACAAAUUAAAGAAAACAAAUUCUGCUCAUUCA